AUGUUCAAGAGCGGCAUUUCCUCCUUCGCCCGGGCGGCUCGCCCUUCCUUUGCGGCGACCGCUCCUCGCGCCAUCAGACCUUCUACCUUCAGAUUCCCUGCCUCCAGCAGAUUCGCCAGCACUGCCGGUGUCGGUGAUGGAAAGAUCUACCAGGUCAUUGGUGCCGUCGUCGACGUCAAGUUCGACACCGCCAAGCUCCCUCCCAUUCUGAACGCCCUCGAGACGACAAACAACGACCAGAAGCUGGUUCUUGAGGUCGCGCAACACUUGGGUGAGAAUGUCGUCCGCUGCAUUGCCAUGGACGGUACCGAAGGUCUUGUCCGUGGCCGCCCUGCCACCGACACUGGUGCCCCUAUCACCAUUCCCGUCGGUCCCGCGACUCUUGGCCGUAUCAUUAACGUCACUGGUGACCCCAUUGACGAGCGUGGCCCCAUCAAGACCGAGAAGCGCCUUCCCAUUCACACCGAGCCCCCUGAGUUCAUCGACCAGUCCACCACCGCCGAGGUUCUCGUCACUGGUAUCAAGGUCGUCGAUCUUCUCGCUCCCUACGCUCGUGGUGGAAAGAUUGGUCUCUUCGGCGGUGCCGGUGUCGGCAAGACCGUCUUCAUUCAGGAGUUGAUCAACAACAUCGCCAAGGCCCACGGUGGUUACUCCGUCUUCACUGGUGUCGGUGAGCGUACCCGUGAGGGUAACGAUCUGUACCACGAGAUGCAGGAGACUUCCGUCAUUCAGCUUGAUGGCGAGUCCAAGGUCGCCUUGGUGUUCGGUCAGAUGAACGAGCCCCCAGGUGCCCGUGCCCGUGUCGCCCUGACUGGUCUUACCAUUGCCGAGUACUUCCGUGACGAGGAGGGACAGGAUGUGUUGCUCUUCAUUGACAACAUUUUCCGUUUCACCCAGGCCGGUUCCGAGGUGUCUGCCCUUCUGGGUCGUAUCCCCUCUGCCGUCGGUUACCAGCCCACCCUCGCCAUCGACAUGGGUGGUAUGCAGGAGCGUAUUACCACCACCAAGAAGGGUUCCAUUACUUCCGUCCAGGCCGUCUACGUCCCUGCUGACGAUUUGACUGAUCCCGCCCCCGCCACCACCUUCGCUCACUUGGACGCCACCACUGUCUUGUCCCGUGGUAUCUCCGAGUUGGGUAUCUACCCCGCUGUCGACCCUCUUGACUCCAAGUCUCGUAUGCUGGACCCCCGUAUUGUCGGCCAGGACCACUACGACACCGCCACCCGCGUCCAGCAGAUUCUCCAGGAGUACAAGUCUCUCCAGGAUAUCAUUGCCAUUCUUGGUAUGGACGAACUUUCUGAGGCUGACAAGCUUACCGUCGAGCGUGCCCGUAAGAUCCAGCGUUUCCUGUCCCAGCCCUUCACCGUCGCCCAGGUUUUCACUGGUAUCGAGGGUAAGCUGGUCGACCUGAAGGAGACCAUUUCCUCCUUCAAGGCCAUUCUCUCCGGUGAGGGUGACAACCUUCCCGAGGGUGCCUUCUACAUGGUCGGUGACUUCGCCUCGGCCAAGGAGAAGGGUGAGAAGAUUCUGGCGGAGUUGGAGAAGAACUAA